AGUGUUUGAAGUAUUUCGACACAUGUUAUUUGGCAUAGUGAAUGGCAGUUACUAUUCUGGAUAAAGUGUACAGAGAUCGGCGUUACACCAUUUUCUUACUGUAGUGGCUGUCAUUUGUUCGCUGUUCUAAUUGUGGUAAGAAUAGUGUGACAUAGCAGAUGUCGGCAAACAAACAGUUCAUGCACAUAUUGAAAUCAAGGACUCUUGCACGAUGAAGUGUGUGAUCGCAUUUUUGGCUGCUUUCAUAAUGGUGGCACAUGGCGACGGCCGUAAGCGAGUGUGUUACUACAGCAACUGGUCCCAGUACCGACCGACAGGGGGCAAGUUCUUCCCCACGGACAUCGACGCCUCCCUAUGCACCCAUCUCAUCUACUCCUUCGCCAAACUCAACACUUCCGGCGAAAUGGAUAUGUAUGAAUGGAAUGACCCCAAACACUACAAGGAUUUCAACGACCUGAAAAAGUCUAACCCGGGGCUAAAAACGCUGCUGGCGAUUGGCGGCUGGAACGCCGGAAGUACAGACUACUCCAGUCUUGUAGCGGUCCCCGCAAAGCGGCGGAACUUCGCGGUGAAGGCGGUCGAGACUCUGGUAAGGUGGAACUUCGACGGCCUCGACCUCGACUGGGAGUACCCGGCCAGGCGAGGAGGAGCUGCAGCCGACAAGGAAAACUUCAUCCUCUGGAUAAAGGACAUUCUAGUCGAAUUUAACAAGCAUCAGCCGCGGCUCCUGCUGACGGCGGCGGUGGCCGCGGGGAAGGAGAACAUUGAUAACGCAUACGACAUCCCGGAAAUGGCCAGGUACCUAGAUUUUAUCAAUCUGAUGUCGUACGAUUUGCACGGUGGCUGGGAGGAUGUGACGGGCCACAACAGCCCGCUGUACAGCCAUUCGGGGGAGGAGGGCGAUGACACCUACCUUAACAUGGACUGGGCCGCCAACUACUGGGUGAGCCAGGGCUGCCCAAAGGAGAAACUCAUAGUCGGCCUCGCCACCUAUGGACGCUCCUUCCAGCUGACGAACGCAGUAGACUGGGAAAUGGGGGCGCCGGCUAAGGGAGCAGGACCUCAGGGGCGGUUCACUAGGGAGGGCGGCUUCCUCGCUUACUUUGAGGUGUGCGCGAUGUUGGAGGCGGGCGCCACACGGCGAUGGGAAGAGGAACAACGCGUCCCUUACCUAACACUCGGGGACGUCUGGGUCGGCUAUGAUGACAGGCAGAGCUUUAUAGAGAAGCUUGAGUAUAUCCGUGACAAUGAUUUUGGCGGAGCUAUGAUUUGGAACAUUGACCUGGACGACUGGAAUUCCAUCUGCGCGUCUUCCGGUGGCCCUUACCCAUUAAUGCGCCUCAUGGAGCCCGUCCUUGGAGGAUACACACCGCCGGACACCACCGCCGCCCCCACAUCGACUACACUGGAGCCGGGUAGCAGCACAACACAGGAAGUGACAGAAACAACAACAAAAGCCCCAACAGGCCCUCCAUCAUCUGAUUGUUCUGGCCUGCCCGAGGGCACCUACUUUCCAGACCCAAGCGACUGCAGAAACUACUUCCGGUGCUCACAGGGACGUCCGGUCCGUAGCACGUGCGUUGAGUCGCUUCGCUGGAACCAGGGUCGUCUAUACUGCGACUGGCCGGCAAACGUCGACUGCAGCGCCCAAACAACAGCAACGGCGACAACGAAAGCAGUAUCCAUAACGACAACAGAGCCAACAACGACAGCGGCCUCGACAACAGCAAAGCAAACUACACAGAGCCAGGCGACGACCCGGAAUCCGACGACAACCGACUCGUUUAAUAUUAAAACGUUCUGUGUCGGACGGGCGGAUGGUAUCCACGUGCACCCCUCUGACUGUGGAGCGUACGUGCACUGUGCACAUGGCCGGCCACACGUGGUCGCCUGCCAGCCGGGUCUGCGGUUUGAUUCCCGACACAUGGUCUGUAAUUACCAAGACCGGGUCGACUGCGGAAGUCGUCCAAAUGAGUGGGCUAACCUGGGAAGCGUGGAUUGGGCUCUACCAAGACCGCAACAGUUGUCACGAUCACCUACAUUGUCAUAGCAAUCGGGGACUCCCUCACACGUGCGGAUUCAUCCUUUACUCUAGCCCGGACAUUCGGACAUUUGACUUACCCGCCAACGUACAGAUUAAGAACGUACAGAUUAAGAUAUUCACUAAGUACAAACAUAGAACGUGUAACAUGCCAUGUCUCAUGGAUUCCAGGGUCAAUAACCAUAAAGCAUCUUAGUUAAAAAGUUCAACUUAAUGGAAAUAUGUUGUUGUUUUUUUAAGUUUAAUUGAAAGAAAACAAACAAUGUUUUUACACCACAAAUAUGAAAGAGUUUUUACACCACAAAUAUGAAAACCGGAAGAAAAAGGUAUAGGGUAUUCGAAGUAUUUGUUGCUGAAAUUUGAAUUUUAUUCUUAAGUAAGAAGCUUUAAAUUUACGGCCCCUAAAUUGUUAUCAUUGACAAUUUCGGUUACCUACACGUACCAUUCAGUGUUACAAGCUUUAUGAGGCAAUCACGACCGCUGAAUUUCUUAGAACUGUGUUUCAUUAUUCAGAUUUUUUAUUUAUAAAAAGCAUUUUCAACUUUUUUUUUUGUUCAAGUACACUUAAUAUAUUCAAAAAAUUGUAAUACAUGUAUUGUGAAUUUGAUAGUUUGAAUUUUUAGUUUACAGCACUACAUAUUCAAAUACGUUUUUAAACUGGUUACACUGGUCGUUAAAAGGGUUGUUGUCCAUUUUAAAGCCAUUUUAUCUUCACUAGAUAUAUUCUGUUCCACUUUUUUGAUAUUUUUUUUUAUUUUUAAUGAUUAUGUUAUUGUUUGUUCCAUGCAUGUUAUAUUAUCUCUCAGCUGUUUCUAUCUUUACUACAAAUGUUAUACAAAUGUUACCCAGGUUAGCUUACUGAUAACACAAUAAAAUUAUUCU